AUGUUGAAAAUUAAAUAUAGUUUUCAAUAUGAAAAAGAAGAAAAAGAAGAAAAUUUUGAUUUCGUGAUGGUUUGUGCUAGAAAACAUCGCAAAUCUAAAUGGCCUGAAUUUAAGGGAAUGAGUUUAUUUAAAGGUGAACAAAUACAUUCUUAUAAGUAUAAACGAGCUACUGGUUUUGAAGAUAAACAUUUUUUGGUUGUUGGUUGCAGUAAUAGGUAUGAAUAUGAU